UCUGAGGUUGUAGCAAAAACUCAUUUCGUCUAACGUACCAGGCCCCCACUAUUAAUUUGGUCAGUGUAGUGCAAUUCCUUAGUUUAGGGUGAAAAAUAUAAAAAGUUUUAAAUGAUAUAUUUACAAGGUCGUAUAUACAUAAACUAUAUUUACGGGAACUCGAGGACUUGGGUUGGGUUGGUUUAAUUCCAAUAUCCGGUAGUAGUCCAUUCCUAACUCCGGUAUUAAACCCAACCUCGUAUGCUCCAGAAAAAUUGUCUGAGAAAAUGGCGCAAUGAAAGUAGACAAGGAUAAGUUUAAUGCUCUAUCAGAUAAGGAUCAGAACCUUCAACUCUUCAAGAUUUUGACAGCUAUAGCUACAGAGAUAGAUUUGUUGAAACAAAAUGUGGAAAAAAGAUUUACAGUUCUUGAAACUAUUAUAAAUCAACAAUCCAGAGUUGAUAGUGCUGCAGUGAGAAGAUGGCAGGAGGCGAAACCAAUGACAAAAGGAUAUCCACAAAACGGAGGAUAUAGAAAUGACCAGCAACCUUCAGAGACUGACGCGUCACGGCCAUCCUCCUGGCCGACCCAGAAGAAGCUAGAGCAGUUCGACACCGAGCAGAUACCAGAGGCUCCAGUUAUAAUCAAUGUUGGAGGAAUAAGGUUCUACGUAACCUGGAGUUUACUCCAAAGAUUGCCUCAAACUAGACUGGGAAAGCUGAAGGAAAUGAGAUACUCUGAUCAAAUCUUGAAUCUAUGCGAUAAAUAUAAUCUUGAGGAGAAUGAAUUUUAUUUUGACCGACACCCACGGAGUUUCGGUGCAAUAGUGAACUUCUAUCGAACUGGUAAACUACAUCUAGGAGAGGAGGGAUGUGUUAUAGCAUUUAAACAAGAUUUAGAUUACUGGGGGAUAGACGAACUUUAUCUAGAACCCUGCUGUCAGCAAAGAUAUUAUCAAACCAGAGAACUUAUGUCACUGGACCGGGCGGAGAAGGUAGAGGAACCUGAAUAUUUCCGACCAGGAGCCAUCGGACGAAUACAAAAGUGUCUCUGGGAUCUAUUUGAGAAACCUCAUACCUCACUCGGAGCUAAGGUUGUAGCGAUUAUAUCCAUUCUUUUCAUCAUCAUUUCAACAAUAGUGUUAACUCUCAAUACCUUACCAUACUUUCAGGCAGGAGCAGGAGAGGGUGGGGAUGAGACUGAGGAGAUAGAUUAUCCUCUUUUUUCUCUAGCCGAGGCGAUCUAUAUGUCCUGGUUCACUUUUGAACUUCUCAUCAGACUCAUAUCGUGUCCUGAUAAAUGCAAGUUUGUUAAAACUCCAAUGAAUGUAAUCGAUCUACUUGCAGUUCUACCAUAUUAUGUGAGCCUAAUCCUACUGAACACGAACUCGAACAGCGGAGAGUUAACAGAGGUUCGAAGGAUCGCUCAGUUCUUCAGAAUUAUGAGAAUAGUGAGAAUAUUUAAGCUUGCUCGGCACUCUACUGGACUGCAGAGCCUGGGGUACACCUUGAAGAACAGUUACAAGGAGCUCGGUCUUCUCAUGCUCUUCAUCACUAUGGGGAUUUUGAUUUUUGCCUCCUUGACUUUUGUAUUUGAGAAAGAGAACGUGGAGGAUACAAAGUUUGAAACUAUGCUAGAUGCUUACUGGUGGGCACUCAUUACUAUGACAACGGUUGGAUAUGGAGAUAUAGCUCCGACAACGGCUCUGGGUCGAGUUUGCGGCUCAAUGUGCGCUAUUUGCGGCGUUCUAGUUGUUGCCCUCCCUAUUCCUAUCAUUGGAAAUAAUUUUGCGAACUUCUACAAGAGUGAGCGGCGUAAGGAGCAGAUUGAUGAGAAAAGAAAAGCUCUUGAGAAGAAGAAAAGAGAAGGACAGAUAACUCCCUUCGGAGAAAAUCUCGGUCUUAAUGUCACAGAGCUGGAACAAGGUUAUAUGGGAGAAGAUAGAAGAGGAAGUUAUCUAAUAAACAGACAGAACGGAAAAUGAGAAAAACUAGGAAAAGGGGAGGGGUGUCACUAUACUCCCUCCCCCUCUGAUACCUCCCCUCUCCUAUUACAGCUCAACGAAUUAA